AUGACUUCUUAUAUGACUUCAGUUGGAACUAGUAAUACAUCUCUUUGGGAUUCAACACCUAUUGGUCGAUCAAUACAUCUUUCUUUAUGUCAAUAUGAUCAAUUAUCACCACAAUUAAUAAUUGAAGAUAAAGUAUUACGUUCAGCAAUUCGUUUACAAAAUCAUUCCAUAAUAUAUUUUGUUGGAACAUUAAUAUCCGAUGAUGAAUCUCAACGUUUAAUCUAUGUUAUUGAUCGUUUAUUAAUAGCCGAUCAAAUUAAUAAUCAUCAAUUGUUAACUAGUGAAUUUCUUAUACCUAUACAAUGUAAUAGAAACAUUUCAUCAACAUUAAAUACUUUGAUACAAACAGGAAUGAAUGAAGUUGAUAUCUAUUGUCGCUCUUCAUUACCAAUUGAAUUACAUCGAUUUUCUUAUUUGUGUGGUCAAAUGUUUUUAAGACAUUCAUCUUCGAUCAAUAUCGAUUUAUCAUUUGAUCUCGUAACAAUAAAAAAUACUUUUAUAUUAAAACCAAUUAGUUCUAAUCAUAUUUAUAUAUUACCAACUGCUUUAUUAAAUAAUCUUAAUUCAUCAACUGGAAAUAAUAUUUAUAAAAAUCAACCACAUUUUGGUUAUUGUAGUUUAGAUCGAAUGUCAACAAAUAAAAUUUUAUUAAUACUUGAGAAUGAUCCACAAGCAUAUACCUUACCAUUAGUUGGAAUUUGGAUAUCUGGUAUAACCGAUAUUCAUUGUUCAUUUGUUUUUGCAACUUGUAUUCGUUAUUGCAUUCGUUCUGGAAUACAAUCCUUUUUACUUGCAUGUUAUUUAUCAACAUCAUACGGUCAAUGUACUUUUUAUGAAGUUAACUUAAUAACAAAUAAUUCUCCAUCAUCAGUAACGAUUGAGUAUGAUUUAUGGACAUGCUCAAAAACAAUUGUUAUACCAAAUUGUAGUACACUAUUUCCAUAUGAUUUUGAAUUUAAACGUGUUCAAAAUGAAUCAAAAACAAAUCAUGAUUCAUUGAGAAUUCAUUCAGAAAACACUUCUGCUUCUAUUCAAACACCUGUAAAUAAUCGAGCUUCUACAGAAACGUAUUCAAAUAAUUAUCAAACAAUACUUUCAUCACCAAAUACGAAUGGAAGUAUAUUCGGUUUUCCUCGUGUACCACCAACACCAUCAGCACACCAAUCACCAUCAUGGGAUUUGAUAUCAACUUCACCUAUGACAACUCCCAAACGAAAUAAACAAACAUCACCUGCAGCUUCUGUUAAAUCUAAACAAUUUUCAUUUCCGAAACCAUCAACAGAUAAUCUUGAUAAUCAAUGGAAACAAGAAUUAGUUGAAAGAAUGCAAUCAUACGAAGCUCAUAUUCAAUCAUUAACAUCAAUUGUUUCUCAACUUUUAACUGUUCAAAAUCAACAAAGUACGUUUCCGACACCCAUAGAAGAAUGUAAUAAACGAGAUGCUGCUGUACAAAGUCAAUCAUCAUCACCCUAUGGAAACAAUAAUAGUGAUGAAUCACUAUUGACAAUUAAAAAUAAUCAAUCUAAUUCAGUAUCACCAAAAACUGGGCAUUAUCAAGAACAACAAUUACCUCCUAUACAAAAUCAAUCAUCAUUGUUUCAAUCAACUGCUCAUCAGAAUAAACCAAUGAUUGAUGAUUCAUCUUCAUUAACGCCAAAUGAUCUCAAUCCAGUUGAUAUUUUAAAACCAAUUUUUCAAUAUAUUGAUAAUCAACAACAAAAACAAGAUGUAUCUUCACUUAGGACAACAAACAAUGAAGACAUUGAUCAUCAAACUGACAAUAUAUUUCAUUCAACUAAUACUAUUCAACAACAGCAAAAACAUGUUACAUCAACAAGAACUACAGGUAUCAGUUUUAUAUCUAAUGGUCUUCAAAUGCAAUUUAUCAAUCAAGAAAGUAGUACUAAAACUGUUUAUCCACAACCACAAUUUGCUUUACUUCCAAAUGGAAAUCUUCCAAUAUCUCCUCAAAAAUCAGAAAAUAAUCUUUCUAUUGAAGUGCAAAAUUUAGAAAUGAAAUAUCUUGAAGAUUAUCAAUUAUCAGCUGCUAUUGAAUGUGAUCGACAACCUCAAACAACAUCGCCAAUACCACCAGAAACUCCACGAACUACAGAUAAAAGUUUAUCAUUUGAAACACAAGAAUAUUUACAAAGAUAUGGCCUCUUUACAGAUUCCAAUAAUGGAUAA